AUGGAAAUCUCUACCAUUCAACGAGCAUCAAGCAGCAGAGUGUUAGAGGAUCCACAGACUGAAGCGUCCACUGCUCAAGAAUCCACCCAUGCUCGAGAACUGUUUGAAGUGGAAGAAGUUGGGAACAAUGGAGACGACGACGACAUCGAGUAUCCUACCGGCACUAAACUAUGGCUCGCUGUAUCGUCGUUCUGCCUCGCCUCCUUCUUACAUGGAUUGGACCUGACCAUUGUUGCCGUGGCGGUACCGAGUUUGACUGACCAGUUCAAGACAGUGAAUGAUAUUGGCUGGUACUCGGCAUCAUACAUGAUGACCAGCAGCGCUCUCAUCUUCUUCUUUGGGAAGAUGUAUACCUUGUACUCCAUCAAACCUCUGUUUGUGUUUGGAAUCGCCGUCUUCGAGCUCGGGUCUUUACUUUGCACCUUCUCCCAAAGUUCCCACAUGUUCAUCUUGGGGAGAUCGAUUGCCGGAGUUGGGACGAGCGCCAUCCAAGGCGGUGGUCUGAAGCUCAUGAGACACUGUUUCCCCGUCUCGAAGCUGCCCAUGGCCAUGAGCCUUGUGAGUGCUUGCUCGUCAUCGGCCUGCUGGAGAGCUUGUUUCGCCAUCAACAUUCCUUUGGGCGUACUCUGCAUCGUUUUCAUCCUUUACGGCUUUCACGAUUUCAUCUUGAACCCGGAUGAGUCAAUGCCGUGGAGAGCCAAAAUUCGAUGCCUCGAUCCUGUAGGCACUUUGCUGGUCAUCCCAUCCGUGACGUGUCUGCUUAUGGGCUUGCAAUGGGGAGGUAUCAAAUAUGGAUGGAAGGAUUGGCGCAUCAUCCUUGUUUUCGUUCUUUUUGGAGUGCUUUCCUCGGGCUUUGCAUAUCUACAAUACCGCCAGGGUGAUGUCGCCAUCCUCCCACCGAGAAUCGUCAAAAAGCGGAGCAUCCUCGCUGCCAUGUGGUUUUCGUCCUGUUGCAACGGAGUUCUGGCAGUCACCGAGUAUUACAUUGCCAUCUAUUUCCAAGGUGUGCAGGGACUCUCGGCAACCACAUCAGGCUUGCUGGGUCUGCCUAUGAUCGUAGGCCUCGGUGUGGCGACUGUGAUGUCCGGCUUGGGAACUUCAGCCAUAGGGUAUUAUUACCCUUUCAUGUUUGCGACGAGUAUCUUCGCGCCUGUCGCCUCCGGCCUGCUCACCACGCUGGACCCGGAUGAAAGUCAUGUCAAAGUGGCCGCUUUGCUAGCGUUCUUGGGCAUCGCUAUCGGCCUUAGCCUCUCGACACCCUCACUCAUCGUGCAAGCAACCCUCUCCCCAAAGGACAUCUCGAUCGGCGCGGCAAUCGUGGGAUUCGGCGGAGGCAUGGGCUCUGCAUUGUGGACAUGUGCAUCGGCAGCCUUGUUUCAGAAUCGCCUAGUCCGUGAAAUCCAACAGCACGAACCCGGCGCCAACGUCACAGCAAUUGCAGAUGCUGGCUUAUCCGAUCUCAGACGUUACAUCGGUAGUGAGAAGCUGAGGGUCGUCCUGGCUGGCUACAAUGAGGCGGUAUCACAAACGUUGUAUAUUCCACUUGCUUUGGGCAUUCUUACUGUUGCCGGCUCGAUUGCUGCGGAAAGGAAAUCGGUCAAGUCGAAGCAAACGUAGACGCGAGAUACAAUACGCCGAAGGGCAUCAUAAAGGACAGCUAAUCAAAUGCACCGGGAUAAACACACCUCUCCUCCACACUUUCUCAUCGUCACAUCAAGGAAAUUUCUGGACACUUGUGGACUCAGGGCUAGGAAAAAAGUAGCUCAGAGUAUGUAUUCACAGAUUACGAAGAUUUUGAGCGAAGGGAUUACAAGACUGCACAGAAAGUGCCAGACCGGCUGAUACAACCAAGAGAAAAAUAUGGAGAGCUCAGCAAAUGCUUUAUAAAGGACAAAGAAAAAC